GCUCAAGGCCCGGGGGGUGCCCGAGCUCUUCCAGCUGGCUGCACGGGCGGUCAUGUCCUCCUUGAGCGGGGAGGACCUGCAGGCCGCCCUGCACCGCGUGUGCCCCCGCACGGGGCUGCCGCUGGUGGUGCCCUGCGUGCUGGAGCAGAUGUACGGCGAGGUGCGGCGGGGGCCGCUGGUGCUGCGAGACUUCCUGGCGCACGUGUGCCUGAGUGACAGGGAGGUUGAGGCGGGCGGCGGGGGCGGCGCUGCUGGUGCCGCAGCCAAGGCCACUCGCCGGCCCGCCGUCACCAUCAGCACCAUCCAUGCGGCCAAGGGGCUGGAGUGGCCGGUGGUGUUUGUGGCGCGAUGGAACGAGGGCUACCUGCCCACGGUUGCUCGGUUGGAGAAGGAGGUGCAGGAGCGGCUGGAGCGGCUGCCUGCGCAGGAGAGGGU